AUGGGCCUCUUCAACAAGAAGUCAGAUCCGGCAGCGGAUGCUGUCCACGAGAAGGGCUCGCCUGCCGAGACCACUCCCACCGAUUCCCCUCGCAAUGGCUCCAAGACUGAGCUGCCCACCGCCGGCAACUUUCAGACGAGGCCUGCCAUCGCCGCAAGAAAGGCCCCUGCCAUCGCUUGGAUCGUGGGUGCCAUUGCCUCGAUGGGUGGUUUCAUGUUCGGCUACGAAUCUGGUCAAAUCUCUGGUAUCAUGGCCAUGACCGAUUUCAAGGACCGCUUCGCCGACCACGGAAAGUUCAGCCCUGCUCGCUCCGGUACCAUUGUCGGUCUCCUCUGCAUUGGUACCCUGCUUGGCUGCCUGUGCUCUGCCCCUCUUGCCGACAAGAUGGGCCGCAAGUUCUCCAUCUCGUUCUGGGCUUUCUUCUACAUCGUCGGUGUCAUCAUCGAAAUCACCUCCAAGGACGUCUGGGCCCAGUUCGCCGUCGGCAGAUUGGUCGCCGGUCUCGGUAUUGGUUCGCUCUCCACCUGCGUUCCCAUGUACCAGUCCGAGUCCGUCCCCAAGAGCAUCCGUGCUGCCGUCGUCGCCUCCUACCAGCUGUUCAUCACCCUUGGUAUCUGGACCGCCUACAUGGUUACCUACGGUACCGAGGACGCAUACAGCAACAGUGCUCAAUGGCGCAUUCCCAACGGUCUCUCCGCCCUCUGGGCCAUCCUUCUGGGCUCCUCGAUCCUGUUCAUGCCCGAGUCCCCUCGCUGGCUCUACCGCAUGGGUCGCGUGGAUGAGGCCCGCAACAUCAUGGCUCGCCUGAACAACUGCGCCCCCGACGACGAUGAGAUCAACAAGGACAUCCAGGACAUCGAGGAGAAGCAGCAGGCUGAGAAGGCUGGCGGCGACCACCACUGGUACGAGGUCUUCACUGGCCCCCGCAUGCUCUACCGCACCAUUCUCGGCAUGGUCCUCCAGGCUGGCCAGCAACUCACGGGCGCCAACUACUUCUUCUACUACGGUACCACCAUCUUCGAGGCCACUGGUCUGUCCAACUCUUACGUCACGUCGAUCAUUCUGGGCUCGGUCAACGUUGGCGCUACCUUCAUCGCGCUGUGGGUUGUCGAGCACUGCGGUCGCCGUAAGUGUCUGAUGGUCGGCGCUGCCUGGAUGUUCAUGUGUCUCUUCAUCUACGCCUUCAUUGGUCACUACAUGCUGCCCAACGCCGACGGCACCAACGACUCGCAAGCCGGCCAGAUCAUGAUUGUCUUCACCUGCUUGUUCAUCGUCGCCUUCGCCAUCACCUGGGGUCCUCUGGUCUGGGCCGUCGUUGGUGAGCUGUACCCCGCCCGCUACCGUGCCACGGCCAUCGCCCUUGCUACCGCCUCCAACUGGCUGUUCAACUUCCUGAUCUCGUUCUUCUCGACCUUCAUCACCAACGACAUUAACUACUUCUACGGUCUCGUCUUUGGUUGCUCUUGCUUCGCCCUCUUCUGGAUCGUCUACUUCUUCAUGAUCGAGACCAAGGGCCGCUCGCUCGAGGAGAUCGACACCAUGUACGUGCUGCACGUCAACCCCAUCACUUCGGCCAGCUGGGACGGCAGCAGCCUCAACGCCGAUGGUGCUCCCAACACCGACUCUCUCCACCUCGGCCCCGGCGGCAGGACCAUCGUCAAGGACCAGGAGUCCGGUCUCGGCGGUGUCCGUGGCCAGAGCAUUCACCACGAGAAUGGUGAGGCUCAGGCAUGA